AUGGAAGGGUCACAGCAAGAAUUUUUACGAGUGAUGGUCAAGCAAGACAUGAGGCCAAGUGUGCUGCCAUGGUAUUUCAUGGAUGCGUAUGGCCAGGAGCAGGGUCCAGUGUCAAGCUCAAAGCUCCGCAAGAACCUGGAGUGCGGAGGAAUUUCGCAGGCUUUGCAGGUGCGUCUUCCGAAUUGGGAUCGCUUCUUCAAAGUGGAAGAACUUUGGCCCAGCCGUGAGGCGGCGUUCGUAUUACCACCGGCUUGGCCCGACAUAUACAGCUGGCGGAGCACGGAUUCACAGUGGAACUCUGCCGAGGAGUGCGGCGAAGGAAAGCUGUCUUCAUUGGCGGCCAUUGCCUUGGAGCCGGUGCUGCUCUCCGCACAGGCAGGUGGGCAAAGCCCAUCAUCAGGGCCAGCCGAGGGCUCCCAGGCCAGUUCUGCCGGCAGUGCCAAAGCGGAUCCAAGCCUUUCGUGCUUCGAGAGCCCAUGGAUCAGAUCAAUGAAGGCGUUGCUAGCGCUGUUUCCGGCGCUUGCAGCAGCAGCACUGCGUUCGAAGGUUGCACGUGAAGUGUUCGUCCCUUCUGUUCAGAGUAUGGAAGCAGCAAUUGCCCAAUUGAUUCAGCGCAAGAAGGAGCCUGUCAGUCAGGAGCUGGUGAACGAUAUCAAAACACUCCUGGCAGACACCGUGAUGCCCCACCUGCACCAGCAGCAGCAACGCAUUCAGGCCCAGCUUGAUGCGGCUUCUCAGCACUUCGAGGAGUGCAAGGUGUUGCACAUCGAGGCCGUAAAGCCAGCCAGGGAGAGGACCGCUCUGCUCCAUGCAGAGCACGAGAGCUGUCGAUACGCGGAGUCGGCGGCGGUGGAUCAAAACGCAACCUGCAUCUCCGAACUGGAGUCUCUCGAAGCAGUGAAAGAUGAACGCUGCCGUGCCUUCGAUGAACUGAAUCAAAUUCCGGAAACAUCCUGCGCAGCGCGGAGCGGAGAGAACGCCACAGCAUGGUAUGUUCGAACCCUGGCCGAGCUUCAGUGGGCACAAGAACGUCUGGUGCAGUCUGCAGCCAGAUGCAACGCAGCGCGACUUGCACAAACGGAAAAGAUGGGCACCUGUGCCGACGCGCAGAAGGAUCUGGCGUCUCUCAGAGCAAGCUGCGAUGCGAAGCAACUGGAGCUGGACCAAGCAGGCUGUGACUUAUACGACUCGGCGCUGGCAAACUGCAGUGCAGAGGAAGCCUGCUACCAGCAGCGGCGCAGCAGCCACGACUCGAUACUGGCCAAUACACGCGACCAGGAGAAGACCCUCAAGGCCGAGUUUGAGGCAUUGCUGCAUAUGCAGUGUCUGCUCGAGACCUUUAGCCAUCGCCACCUCGAAGCAGCAAUCGACGAGUGCAAGGACAAGAAGCACGACACCCAGAAUAUGUCCCUGGUGUAUCACAACAUCUCAAUCACUUCCAACUGCAGCGUUCCUGGAGACUUGAAACCAGGCACAGCGACUUAUGAGCGACGUCUUUUUGCGGCUUUGCCUGACGUCGUGCCGAGCCGCUGUGCCGCCACAUGCUGUGCGUCACAGCAGCUGCUGCUUCCUGCGGAGCCUGUGUACCAGGCGGUGCACCAGUGCUACACCUUCCGAGCGGCCUAUUCACCUCCUCUGAUUCCAGGAGAAGACCGGACAGUUGAGGAUACUGCGCAAGACUGCCAGCAAAGGUGCAAGCGGACGGCGGGAUGUGGUGGCUUCAGCUACACUUGGGAUGGAGGCUGCUUCGUCGCCCAUCAAUCUGCCACGAAGAUCUUUCAGCCGGGAGUCGUUGCUGGCCCUAUGGACUGCCUUGGCAUCCCGAAUGAAUGCUACGGCUACAACAGGAAGUUCACGCCAGAGUUGGAUGGGCAUGCCGGCGGUGCCGUCAAGGUGACCUCCGAGGAGGAAUGUCAGAAACGUUGCUUUGAAACCGUGGGUUGUGGGCACUGGAUCCUUUGGUGGGAUAUGCACUGCCACCUUGCAGGAGCAGAUGCAUCGAUGAGCUACGAGCCCGGCACGGUUAGCGGGCCGUCACAGUGCGCCCAGGUGGUGAGUGUCGUGACCUAG